AUGGCGGCGGCGGCGGCGGGCGAGCCCCAACCUCCGCCCCCCGGGCCCCCCGGGCCCGCCGGCGGGGGCCUGCAGCCGCCCCUCAGCCGGGGGCUGGAGCGGGCCCUGGACGAGGCCGCCGGCGCCGGGGGGCUCAACCUCAGCGCCAGGAAACUCAAGGACUUCCCCCGCCCCGCCGGGCACGACCUCUCGGACACCGUGCAGGCAGAUCUGUCGAAGAAUAAAUUGACGGAAGUUCCAAUGGAAUUAUGCCAUUUUGUAUCACUGGAAACACUAAAUCUUUAUCAUAACUGCAUCAAAGUUAUACCAGAAGCCAUCAUCAACUUGCAGAUGCUGACUUACUUAAAUUUAAGUCGAAAUCAGCUGUCAUCCAUGCCAGCCUCCCUGUGUGGUCUCCCUCUCAAAGUCUUAAUUGCCAGUAACAACAAGCUGGGAUCUCUUCCAGAAGAGAUAGGGCAACUCAAACAGUUAAUGGAACUGGAUGUCAGCUGCAAUGAAAUCACAGCUUUACCACAGCAGAUAGGACAACUGAAAUCUCUAAGGGAAUUGAAUGUCAGAAGAAAUUACCUCAAGGCUUUACCUCAAGAAUUAGUAGAUCUCCCUUUGGUGAAGUUUGACUUUUCCUGCAAUAAAGUCCUCGCAAUCCCAAUUUGUUUUAGAGGGAUGAAACAGCUGCAAGUAUUGCUGCUUGAGAAUAAUCCCCUACAGUCUCCUCCUGCACAGAUCUGUAUAAAAGGAAAAGUGCACAUAUUCAAAUACCUGAGCAUACAGGCCUGUCAGAUGAAAACCACCGACUCGCUUUAUCUUCACACUAUAGAACGACCACAUUUGCAGCACCACGUGGAGGAAAGUAUUGAUGACAUUUAUCCCAGCAAAAAGGACUCUGAUUCAGGUGUUGGAAGUGAUAAUGGAGAUAAACGUCUAUCAGCGACAGAGCCUUCUGAUGAAGAUACUGUCAGCCUCAAUGUGCCAAUGUCUAACAUUGUGGAAGAAGAACAGAUAAUCAAAGACGACUCAUGUCCUCGCCUUAGUCCAGUGGAAUUUCACCAGGAGCCUCCUUCCCAUUUGACUAACAGUGAUAAUAGUGGAGAAGGAAGAAACCAAAUCACUGCUGGGACAGAUGCACUCACUACCGAAUUUAUGAGCUACAUCAAGGGCAGAACAGAUGGCUGUGAGGAAUUGUUACGAAUAGAAGAGGAUGCCCACUGGCAAACAGAAAGAAUAACAAGUUCAUCAGAUAAAAAGGACAUGGACAUAGCAAUGAUAGAUCAACUAAGAGAAGCUGUCGAUUUGUUACAAGAUCCCAACAGAUUAAGCACAGACAUUACGGAGAGAAGUACUGUGAAUCUCUAUCCCAUGGAAUCUGCAACUCCCUUAGAGUUACAAGACACCACAGUGAAUGGUCAAAUUCAGCUGGAGACCUCUCCCACGUGUCAGGAUGAAAAUGCAGAAGAAGAAUUAGAAAUUCUGACGAGAAGAGAAUUGCUCCUAGAGAAAACCAAGUCUGAAACCACAAGUACAUGUGAACAGUGUGAAAAUCAGCCCUUCAGUCAGGUGCAGCCCGAUCUGACAUCAAGGACCCAGUGUACUCAGACCGAGAAUAAAGAGAGACUACCUGCGGGCUCACCUACUGCCAACAACACAACUCCUUUUGGCCUGAAGCCCCGAUCGGACCCAUCCCUUUCUCUCCCUCCUAUCUCCUUCAACAACCUUACACAGGCACAAACAUGGGACAACUAUAGCUACAAUAUUCCAUCAGAAGGAGACAGUGAUGAUGUAUUCCUAAGACCCCAGAGGAAUUUGGAAUCCAUAGAUCCUCAGUUUACAAUUCGGAGAAAAAUGGAACAAAUGAGAGAAGAGAAAGAGCUUGUGGAGCAGCUUCGUGAGAGCAUCGAGAUGAGACUGAAGAUCAGCUUGCAUGAAGAUCUAGGAGCCGCUCUCAUGGAUGGGGUCGUCCUCUGCCACCUCGUCAAUCACAUCCGCCCCCGAUCUGUAGCGAGCAUUCACGUCCCCUCACCAGCAGUUCCCAAACUUAGCAUGGCCAAAUGCAGAAGAAAUGUGGAAAACUUUCUGGAAGCCUGCCGAAAACUGGGAGUCCCUGAGGCUGACCUCUGCUCUCCGUCUGACAUCCUGCACUUGGAUUUCCGUCCCAUUCGAAAGACCGUUGGCACCCUCCUGGCCCACGGGGAGAAAACCCCAUCAACUUCGGCUUGCGCCUGGGACCUAAUAGGCUUUUGUCUUUUCCACCUACUUUCCAUAGUUUUUAUGUAUGUAAUCUACCACUGGAGUACUCUGUCUGCAUAAUCUAUUCGCGUGCACAUUCAAAUGCUCCGCUUUAGCUGCCGUAUCACAGGUAUUUUCAUUUCAUCCUUCACCUUCCUUCGUCCCAACUCCUGUGACCUCUCUCUGUUAAUCUCGCGGCAGUAGAUCCCCAAGUAAGUUUGAGGGCGUUUUUUUGGUUUGGUUUUGUUUUUAAGGAGGACAAGAGUUAGAUUAAAGGCUAUUAAAUAUCCUGUUUUUCCAUUU